UACAAGAAGAGAGGAUCACGACCUGUUGUGCUGGAAGAAAGUUGGAGAAAGUAGGAAGCUGUUAUCCUGUGCUGGGGGGGGUUGGAGUGACCGAGAAGACGACGAAGGGAGAAGGAAAGGCAGCAGGAGCCCCUGCCGGCAAUAUGGGCACUCUGAGGGACUUGCAAUAUGCUUUGCAGGAGAAGAUAGAGGAGCUCAGGCAAAGGGAUGCUCUCAUAGACGAGCUGGAGCUGGAGUUAGACCAGAAAGACGAGCUCAUCCAAAGAUUGCAGAACGAACUGGAUAAGUAUCGUUCUGUGAUCAAACCGGCCACCCAGCAGGCUCAGAAACAAAGUCCCAACACCUUGGGGGAACAGAGGACCAAGAGGCAGGCUAUAUCAGCCGAGCCAACUGCUUUUGACAUCCAGGAUCUCAGCCAUGUCACUCUUCCUUUCUACCCCAAGAGCCCACAGUCCAAAGAAUUAAUUAAAGAAGCGAUCCUGGACAAUGACUUCAUGAAGAACCUAGAGAUUUCCCAGAUCCAAGAGAUAGUGGAUUGUAUGUAUCCUGUUGAAUAUGGCAAAGACAGCUGUAUCAUCAAGGAAGGGGACGUGGGGUCACUGGUCUAUGUCAUGGAAGAUGGCAAAGUAGAGGUUACAAAAGAAAGUGUGAAGCUUUGCACAAUGGGACCAGGAAAAGUAUUUGGAGAGCUUGCAAUAUUGUACAACUGCACUCGCACAGCAACCGUCAAAACACUUUCAAAUGUGAAACUAUGGGCAAUAGAUCGACAAUGUUUUCAAACUAUAAUGAUGCGGACAGGGCUAAUCAAGCACACUGAAUAUAUGGAAUUUUUAAAAAGUGUACCAACAUUCCAGAGCCUUCCUGAAGAAAUACUUAGUAAGCUAGCUGAUGUACUAGAAGAGACUCACUACGAAAAUGGAGACUACAUUAUUAGGCAGGGUGCUCGAGGGGACACUUUCUUCAUCAUCAGCAAAGGACUGGUGAAUGUUACAAGAGAAGACACCCCGGGUGAAGAUCCAAUAUUUCUCCGCACUUUGGGAAAAGGUGACUGGUUUGGAGAGAAAGCUCUUCAAGGGGAGGAGAUCAGAACAGCAAAUGUGGUUGCUGCGGAGGCUGUGACUUGUCUUGUAAUCGACAGAGAUUCUUUCAAACACUUGAUUGGAGGAUUAGAUGAUGUCUCUAACAAGGCAUAUGAAGAUGCAGAGGCUAAAGCAAAAUAUGAAGCAGAGGCAGCAUUCUAUGGCAAUCUCAAACUUACGGACUUUAAUAUUAUUGACACACUUGGUGUUGGAGGAUUUGGGAGAGUUGAACUGGUGCAGCUUAAAAGUGAAGAAUCAAAAACAUUUGCAAUGAAAAUCCUUAAAAAGAGACAUAUAGUGGAUACAAGGCAACAGGAGCACAUUCGGUCAGAGAAGCAGAUCAUGCAAAGCGCUCACUCUGACUUCAUUGUAAGGUUAUAUAGAACAUUUAAGGACAGCAAGUAUCUGUAUAUGCUGAUGGAAGCCUGUUUAGGUGGAGAGCUUUGGACUAUUCUCAGGGACAGAGGUUCAUUUGAAGACUCAACAACAAGAUUUUAUACGGCUUGUGUAGUCGAGGCCUUUGCUUAUCUGCAUUCCAAAGGAAUAAUUUAUAGGGACCUUAAGCCAGAGAACCUUAUUUUGGACCAUCGAGGUUAUGCAAAGUUGGUUGACUUUGGCUUUGCAAAAAAAAUAGGCUUUGCUAAGAAAACAUGGACUUUUUGUGGAACACCAGAAUAUGUGGCUCCAGAGAUCAUCUUGAACAAAGGUCACGACAUUUCAGCAGACUACUGGUCACUGGGAAUCUUAAUGUAUGAACUCCUGACUGGCAGCCCUCCAUUCUCAGGUCCAGACCCUAUGAAGACUUAUAACAUCAUACUAAGAGGAAUAGAUAUGAUUGAAUUUCCAAAGAAGAUUACCAAAAAUGCUGCUAAUUUAAUAAAAAAACUAUGCAGGGACAAUCCAUCAGAAAGGUUAGGAAACUUGAAAAAUGGAGUGAAAGAUAUCCAAAAGCACAAAUGGUUUGAAGGCUUUAAUUGGGAAGGUUUAAGGAAAGGUACAUUGACACCUCCCAUUAUACCAAGUGUUGCAUCCCCCACAGACACAAGCAAUUUUGACAGUUUUCCAGAAGACAAUGAUGAUCCUCCCCCUGAUGACAACUCAGGAUGGGACACAGACUUUUAAUGCAUUUUUCUUUCCUGCUUCUGCCUUGCUGAAGACAGCUUUCCUGAAAAAUGGCUGCCAAGAGAACAAAAAAGGAACUGGGGAAGAAUAGUGCUCGGGGUCACCAUGAUGCCUUGAUUGAUGCUGCUAUAGUAACUACAGUGGCAUUAGGACUUAUUGCUUAGUUCACAAUAACCCUCAUAUAACAUAUUUUAUGUUUUGACCCCCUUAAUAUAGCAGUUGACAUGGUGGUCCUGAAGCAAAAGCCUCUUCACUAAAAGUAUAUGCUUUCUAAUAUUGCAGAAUUCACAGUUUACCCUUGAAAAGUAUAGUGUAAAAUGUAUUAAAACUGUACAUAUAUUGUAGCUAGUGCUAUCCAUAAAAAGGGAUAAUUUAUUUCAGUACAGUUUGUUAUGUAUGGCAAGGACAAAUCAAACUUAAGAACAGAGCCAUACCAUAUUGGUCCUCUGGCUCCUGUCCUAGUGUAGUGCCCACCAUCCACUCGCUGGUUGGGGAAGAUGGGAGCUGUUAGCCAGCAUCAGGAACAGCAGCCAUAGAGUCAGAUAUGGUUAUGCUUAUUAUGAAUUAUGUAAACUGAUAACUUACUGCAGGUCAGAGUAGGUAAGUGUGGAAAAUAUUUAUUAGUUUUACCCCAGAUGUGUCCUGCUGAAAAACAACAUAUUUUUCCUCCUUACUUU